UGUGAUUACUAUCAAGUAGAUUGAGCACUUGGGCAACCGAUCCCAACCGGCAUUGCUGUCUCCGAUCCGACAUUUAAUAAAAAUGUAUUUCUAGAUUAUUUUUCGAGAAUAUUUUCAGUGGCAUGUAUUGUGAUUGUGAAAGUUAAUGUUGUAGUUAUGUGAUAGAUAUAAUAUUAUGAUUUGAAAUCAGCACCACAAACUGAAUGUUCGAUACAUUUGUAAUCUGUGAAAGAGAAAUCCUACAUUGAUUUAAAUGGAUACUAAAGCAUACGAAAAAUCUCGCAAAACUGAUACGCCACUGAUGCCUGCAUUAUGCAAUGCUUGUGUUAUAGGAAAUUAUGAAUUAGUUGAUAAACUUUUGGUUUGUGGUGCCGAUGUUGAAAGCAAGGGAUUAGGAGGUAUGACAGCAUUGAUGCUAGCUGCAUUAUAUGGUCAUCAAAAAAUUUUUAACAAUCUUUUACGAUAUGGAGCUAAUCUCCAGGCUAAAAAUGAAGCAGGCUUCACAGCAUUUGACUACUUGGACAAGAGGUGCCUCAGCACAAAACAGACGCCCUUUUACGACGUGACGUAUUUUCAACGUGUGAGGAAUUCAAGAAAUUAUAUUAAAGUGGACGAUGUAAAAACUUGCGAUAAUACUGAAUAUGGAUUGCUGCACAGAAGAAGGAAGUCCAUUCCAAAGAUAAAGAUACAGCAAGAAUUUAAUUCACAAUGGAGUGAAAAAUCAUCAGUAAAGUGUGGUGCAGCAAAUUUUAGAUAUUCUCCUUACAUGAGAAACGAGCAAAUCAAUCAUAGAAGUAAGAACACGCCAAAUCAAAUUUUAUCGCCAAACGUUGCUAGUUUUUUCGGGAAUAUUUUGCACAUGCAAAGUUCUAAUAUUGCUCGGCCUAAAUCUGACAAUGAAUUUUGCAUGCCAUCGAUGUACCAAAACUGUUUGCCAAAGAACUCAUGUUGUCCAACUUUGUCCAAAGUUUUGGAGCACUACCGCUGUGAGCAGUUCAUUGGACUUUUUAAUCAUCAUGAGGUCAACUAUCAAGUAUUUUGCUCAUUAACGGAAUCGGAUCUAAUUCAAAUUGGUGUAAAAAAUCAACAUUAUAGACACCAAUUGCUUGAUAUUAUUCAACGUCAGAAAUCUUCAGCGUGUUACUAGUGAUUUUUAAAAUAAUCAAGCAACCAAAAAUAGUUUUAAGGAAAACGUAUUUAAAAUAACCAUUGCUUUUAUACAUUUGAAAUGUUAUUUUAAUGAA